AUGAGUGCAAUCGCUAAAAUAUACCAUCUAGCUUUGGCCACAGCAUUUGCUCAUCUGGUCCUAUUUUUAUAUUUGGAUGGGAAAACCGCCGAUGGAACAGAGAGUGAAGUCCCCAAGCAAUCCUAUGUAUCAGCAGCCUCGAUAAUUCUUGGAAACAUUUUCACGCUUUCUCUUACUGGAUCGGUGACAAUUGUUUUUACCCAAUAUCUCUGGUAUAUUCUACGAACUACGACCCUAAAAGUUUCUACGAUAGAGUCCAUGUUUGCAAUGCAAGCUAAUCCUCUGCUACUACGCGAUUUUAAUGCUUGGCAGAAAGCUCCAAUUCUGGUAGUUCUUGUGGUACUUGUGUGGUUGAUGAAUAUCGCUGCCAGUUUCGCGCCAGGGGCUCUGAUAGUUGGCCCAACAACCAGAUAUUCAAAUCAGGUUGUAGAAGUUCCUACAUUCGAUAGCUCCUUUAUAGGCAAUGGCUCUGGCGCGGACGCCAACAAAUUCUCUUUGGAUAAAUUUGACAUUAAUGACUAUGAUACCUUCUUUCCUGUUUCAACUGCGGGAAGCUAUUCACAGCCAUUACAAAGGCUCGCUGCCUCAACUAUGACUGCUGGGAAACAAAGCACAAUGCAGUCACCGUGUGGAGCCAACUGCUCAUACACGUUAAACCUUGAAGGUCCUUAUCUCCAAUGUGAUAGUCCAAACAUUCAGUACGGUGUAUUAAACACGACCAGCUUAUCGUGGUCCGAUAACUUCCAGUCGAUCGGUCAAAACAUUACAUUUGAAACACAUGAUGAUGGUAUUGAUCUUCUCGUAUGGAACGCAUAUCAAGGUUUCUUGUUCGACCCAUGGGUGGGGGGGAGUAAAGAAGCGCGAGCGACGGCUAGCCAGAUGCAUAUUAUCGCUCCAUCUCAAUUUUCGACUCAAACGAUCCGACCUUUGGGUAUGCGAACUCCUGCUGUAAGAGAAAGCGGAUCUGAAUCUAAUAUUUUUGGAAGGUUGGUUGCCGUAGAGGGAAAUUAUAUCAAUUGUUCGGCUGCAACGGCUACGUACAAUGUGUCAUAUGUGUAUGAAAACAACAUUCUAUCUACCAAUGUUUCUGUAAGUUCAAUUGACAUCAUAAAGAAUCUUGGAACAACGAAGGAAAUGUCCAAUGUGACUCAAGAGUACGGAAUAAGUUGGCCUGGGUUCCUAGUCACUACAGCAAACAGAACUGAGGAAUGGUUGUUGGGUCUUGGGAGCUCGUAUCUAGGAUACGAGUCUGCAAACUGGACGAGUGAUUGGGUAUCUUGGUAUAAGAAUCUGCAAAUCAUGGCUGUCAUCAACAGUAUGACUAGAUUACUGAAUGGAACCUAUCCUGUCGAGCUUAUCCAAUUUGGUGACGCUACAAGUUCUCUAAGUCCAGCCUACGGAGUGGGGGUCGACGUUUGGGGAACUGAAGUGUCAUGGGUUGAUUUUCUUGAUGUAUUUCCGACAAGUUCUACAUACGCGGAUAGACUCAAAAGUACACUGAUAGGCUAUACAACUUUCAAUGACAACUUCGGAGAUUUUAAUGUAACUGCUUACUCAUGGGUUAAUGACCCUACUGAAAACUUAAAGUAUGAUAGCGUCUCAUUCACCGUAACGCCCGAAUCUCUUAAUCAGCUUCUUCAAAACAUCACACUCAACAUGAUUAGCGAAAUUGGCUGGUGGUCUACACCUGCAAACGUUACACAAUGGGAAUCAAUCAAUACAUUCCAAUUUUCUAAGCCUCUAAAUCUCAUACUACCCUACUUCAUCUCUCUUUUCCUCGCAAUCCCAGUUCUGGUCUUAGGUAUUUGGUCCCUGCACCAAAAUGGAGUAUCAGCUAUGAACAAUAGCUUUGUACAGUUGCUAAACACGACGACUGGAAGUAAAGAGUUGGAGAGAGCUGCGGGGAAAGGUUGCUUAGGAGGUUAUGAUAAUGUAUUGGAUGAGUUGAUGGACUUAAAAAUUAGGUUUGGGGAGUUGAAGGGUGUGGAGCGGGGCGAUGAGAGAAGUAGCAAUGGCGUAAGAAGAGCGGGGUUUGGAACAGAAGAAGAGGUUAGGCCAUUAGUGAAGGGCGAGAAUUAUGGCUUUUGA